CUGGCUUCGUGUCGGAUCGCAGUCGCGCAGUGAUGCGGCGGUGCGGAGACUCUGCGAGCCGCCUUUGCGGCAGAGGCAAAGCUGCUUGCGGUGGUAGUGCGACCAGAGCAAAUUUGCCUAUCGAUCAAGCGCCGCAGUCUGGAAGAGCGAGGCAACUGCAUGAUAACAGCCGGCAGCUGGACACUACACCCGCCGAGGCUAGUGAACAGUCUUCGGAGCGAGCAUUUUACCUACCCGACUGUCCCUCGGGAUUAGCGAUCAAGUAUCGACCACCCGACGCAGACGGUGCGGUUCGAGUCCCGCUGAAAGGCCUCGUCGAUGCACUGGAAAUCUUUCUCAGAGAACUGAAUGCACGCAGAGAUUUCAUUCAGGUGCACAGCUUGCCCGCUGUUGGUAGUGUCAACUGUCAUCUUGGGAACCGGGAGCGGCUGAUGAUUCUUAAUGUGUUCGGCGAAAAACCGGCACAGCCGGAGAAGAAACCGCAUCACGAAAUUGCAGGUCUUGAAUUUCAUGAAUUCGUCGAGUGUGCACGGGAGGGCGGAGAAAAUUUUCUGAACGAUGUGAAGGCAGAAAUUUUUUUGCGUCUUCCGCUUCUCGUGCUGAACCGCAAAGGCCUUCGUGAAGAAGCACGGCGGAGAAAGCACGGCGAUAUUCAUGGUGACUUUGGAUUGCACCUCUAUGGGGAACACGCCACUUCGCCUGCAACGGAUCCAAUCCAUGACGGAUUGUUCCGGAAUUCUGGAGGGCCAGAGGUUGGUUGGCCGCGGGAAGCUGUACGAGAAGCGGCCGAUUACGCCGCACGGUCGUCUGAGCGUGAAACCACAAAGCACGUAGAAGCUAGAACUGAUAGUACAACAACUACUGCAACUACCAGUGACGACACAACGCCAACAUCGCCAGAAGCAAAUGGGGAUCGAGGUACACACGAUGUGCCGGAUGAGUUUAGUAGCGCGCUUUCGUAUUUCCCGAAUAUGGGCCUCGACCUCCUUUCCAAUCUGAUGUCGGAAGCAUCCACACCUCUGCAACAGACCGCAGCAGGCGCUGGAACACCACGACGCCCUGGUCGUGCGCCACCCAUGCAGCCACUCCACUACGGACCUGCGGCUGCUUAUCCUCGGGGCGGACGAAACGAGUCGACGAGUGGCCGCUAUCGGCAGUAUUUGGCGGCGCCCUACUUUGGCCGAGAGGUGCAAAACGCGGAGCGGGAGCGCAAAAGAAAAGCAUUCGCAGAGAGCUUGUUGGAUGUGCGAAUGGUUCCUCAACUGAAGAUCAAAGUUGAUGCCGGUCAUCCCUGGCUAAACUACUUACAACGCGAACUGUUCGCAAGCGCAGGAACCAUGGUGGAACAGCGUUUGCUCGGUAUCUUGGAGCACGUGGGGAUUCUGUCGUCGUCCUCCAUUUUCGGCAUUUUUGUCCCAACAUUGAAUACUUACUGGAAUUCGGUCGAAACUAUUCACAACUUGAUCAAACAAGAUACUGCUCUUGCUAAAGGAUAUCUUGGUCACCUCCGAGCUGCAAUGCGGCAGCGAAGUGGUGUGUCUUCAUCGCCGGCGUCAAGAGGCGGCUUCGGUACUGGAGGACCAACAUCUUCGCCCGCGGAAUCGGUGCCCUCCUCCGCUGCGUCAACGUUGGGUCUGGCCGCCGACCGUCGAAAGCGCAUUCGGGGCUUGUUGCUUGCAGAAGAUGAUGUUGAGGAAAAAGCAGAAAGCUCAGAGAGCACGGUGCCACUAUGGGCGUUUCUCGGGGAACAGUGGGAGCGGCAAGCCAAGGUCGACACUUUUGCGAUUCGUAAGAAGCCGGAAGCAAGCUCCGACAAUAGUGCUAAUAUGGCAGCGGCCAGCACGUCGCCAACGACGAUGGGUGGACAAGCCAGCGUUGGCGCUGACGGGGAGUCGUGGUUUGUGCAUGGAGCCGGCAUCCAAGAUGACUUGGACGCACAAGAAAAGAGCAAGACAAUAGACGAAGACGACGUGACGCCAGAAGAGGUGGCGUCGAUGUCAUCUACUGAGCUGUUCCGCGUAGCGGAGCCACGACAGCGAGUGACAUAUCAUCAAAUCAUACUGGACCUGCGGAGUUGGCCGCGAAACAGCAAUCUCUACCACUACCCGGUCACGUGUCGCCUCUUGGAUGUCGCCGACCGACCCGCUGCGCCGGAGGGGGUGCCCGACGACACGCCACACGAAGCAGCCUCUUCUAGCAACGAGGGUCAAGACGCAGCAGCGUCCUCGACUACUCAUGAUGCAGCACAGCCAAGAAGCGGCGAGCCAGGAGAGAUUGCUACACGCGCUGCGGGCUGUCAUGGCUUUAAUUCGGAAACGAGCGUCCAUGUUUACAUGGUGACGGCGGAUGUGGGAGGCAUAGGGCGAGAAGCAGCAAAGCAGAAUCAGUACAUGCACACCAUGGUAGAUCGCUAUUUACAAACAAUCGCCGGCGAAACUGAGGAGGAUCGCGUGAUUCAAGACGAGGCGGCAUCACCAGGCACUGCCAUGCGGCGAGUUGUCGCGUCAGCGCUGCGCAAGCAGAAGCGUCGCCUGAGGCGCUUCCUGUGGAAUGAACUUCCCGAAAAGAAGCCAGGUGCUGAGCUAGUGCAACGGCAGGAGUCUCCACCCUCAGCCGUUUCGAGGGGACGCAGCAUCUCUGGGACUUCGGCCGGAAUGGCAGUCGAAGAUGAAGGAGCUGCGCAACCCGCACACCGCCGACGAUCGAUGAGUAACCCCGAAGUCGGCAGCAGAGGUGGCCCGUUGGACAACAUCAUGUCAUCUGGACGCCUUCUUGAUAACGAGCGCGAGUUGCGCAGGUAUCAUGAGCGCACGUCGCUUUUGCAAAAUCCUGCAGGUAUGCGGGCACCCUCUUCGCCGAUGGGCAGCCAUAAUAUCGGAUACUACCACCCGCGCGAGCAAGGCGCACCUCCUUUUCUUGUGCAAGACGCGUACCACGGCAAUGUGACGGCACAAGUUGCUGGCCCUUCUGCCCGCUUGAUCGGCCCCACACAGGACGCGCCGUACCCAACAAGACCUUGGAUGCAGCAUGCGUACGGCAUGGACCAAGUUAUUCCUCCGCGGGCAAAUGUAGAGCUUCUACAGCGGCACGACUCGUCUAGACGCAACGGAGUUGGAGAACCAUUCAGCACACAACCACAAGCGCAUCAGCACCAGCAUCAUGGGAAUUUUGAUGCAGAACUUCGCAACCCGCAGCGCCGUGCUGAAGAAGCUGAAGCAGAAGAAGCGGCUAUGUGGCAGAACGAAAUUCGUAGUUUUGACUUUCACAAUGGUUUCAACGUUUUGCAGCUUCACGAGAGAAAACACGUCACAACGGUCAAAUUCGGAUUGAACGAAGUACUGGACUUUGUCCUGCGCGCUGUGCAUCUCGGAUUGCAAGAACUUAGCCUUCCGUUUGGCCUCUCGGUUUCGCUUCCGCGACAUACGAAGAGUGAUCAAUUUUUGCUGCGUUUCGGCUCCAAGCGGCGCGAAACAGUGGCAGACCUGAAACAGCGUCGUCGCUCGGCUUCUGAGGUCGAAGACGAGGUCACGUUCUACCAACACAGGUUGCGCAUUGCAAAUAUUGAAACGCUCGCGGAUCUGAUUCGCAGGCAUCAGCUGCUCUUCGAAUUUUUGUCCGUGCGGAUACCAGUGCUUGUGAGCUGGAAAAAUAUGGUAGAGGUGGAAGUCCUCGUCGACCUCCACGGCGUCUUAGUGAAGCCGCACCCUGUUCUCGUUCGGAAGUUUUACGGUGUUGACGUCGGCACGAGUGCUUCCUCAACACCAUCAUCAUCUUCGAUGAAUCAAGAAGGUGGAGGUGCAUCUUCUGGUCAGUCGGCAUCCUCUGAGACACCGGCAGCUGAAGGCUCGGACGCGUUCGCGGAGGAAGCGGAGAACCUUGCCGUUCUGCAGCUCUUUCCUUGCGUCACGCUCAAAGAAAUGAGUUUCCUGAACUUCGAGUGGAUCAAGUCCAAGAUACAAAGUCUCGUCCACGAGAACAUCGAAAAAGUGAUGCAGAGUGUCAAUCGCGAACUGCAUGCUUUUUUCUUUAGACUGUAAUAUACACGACUGAGCAUAUUUCUAGAGGUUGCUUAGAAUCUGCAUCGAUGGGUCUGGAACAGCUAAAUCCGUUUUGGCGCAUACUUAUUUGCUAAUGAUUUGUGUUUCGCGCAUGCUAGUGUAGCGUUGCGUGAAUGGAUCACGUAGUGCGCAAAUAAUAUCCGUGUCUGACAUUAUGGCUUGUUUCAAAAUUUUGUCAUACCUACUAUGUGGUACUUUGUCGGCUUUUAUUGGAUUUCUCUUACAUAACAAAUGAUUUUUUGUCAUUGAAUUUUUUGCAUAGAGUGUAAGUAAGUGUUAGAUGUGUAGACUAGUGCAAAAUAGGAUGGACGCCUUCGCAAAAACCAUGGUAAGCUUCGCUCAUUGACGAGCGAUAAGAGAAUAAAACUCGAAGCUACAAGAUAGAACUACAUAGACCAUAUAGAUAUAUCCUAUCACACAGCAUAGAUAUAUCUAAAUUGAGGACUCUGGGAUGAGGUAGUGCACCUCAGAUUCUGAGAUUUUCGCCUCGCGUCUUCGAUCACCGUCGGUGUGCAUCUUCACUACAUAGGCCAUAGACAGUCAGCGGUAAGAUGAUGAUUUCCGCCGCAAAGUAGCUGCUCCGCCGUUUGCAAAACGCAUUUACAGGAAUUUUAAGUACCGAUUUGUCUAUGCCUUGAUGGAUACGCACUGUGUCCGGAUUAGAGGCUUGGUUUGUGAAGGUUGUUUGGUACCCUUGUGUGGUUAACCGUUG